ACUCCAGGCGGCCCCGGUCGUCGGGAGUUCGAGGCCUUUUGAGAGACGGGGGAUGCGGUGUGUGGAGCACUGAUCCUGAGCCAGGAGACCUGACUGCUUAGUUCGGCUUUGCCGCUUCUUGGCCUCCAGCAACUGCUCUCCACGAAGCUCACACCGUUCCUAGGAUUCUCCACAUGCACUUUUUAAUGAGCACUUAUAUGCCAGAGUCUGGGGCAGGUCCUUCUGGCAUUCCUGGGACGGGGCAUCCCAACCAGCCAAGCGUGCCCUACUCCGGUGAUUCCUUGACUCCUGGUUCGGCAUUCUCACGGGCCUCCUGUCUCCUGGGAAGAUGUUCCUGGUGGGCCUCACGGGGGGCAUUGCCUCGGGCAAGAGCUCGGUGAUCCAGGUGUUCCAACAGCUGGGCUGUGCGGUGAUUGAUGUUGAUGUCAUCGCCCGCCAUGUGGUCCAGCCAGGAUACCCCGCCCACCGGCGCAUCGUGGAAGCCUUUGGCACCGAGGUCUUGCUGGAGAACGGUGACAUCAAUCGCAAAGUCCUGGGGGACCUGAUCUUUAACCAGCCCGACCGGCGGCAUCUGCUUAACACCAUCACGCACCCCGAGAUCCGCAAGGAAAUGAUGAAGGAGACCUUCAAGUAUUUCCUCCGAGGAUACCGCUAUGUGAUUCUGGACAUCCCCCUGCUGUUUGAGACCAAGAAGCUGCUCAAGUACAUGAAGCACACCGUGGUGGUGUACUGUGACCGGGACACGCAGCUGGCUCGGCUGAUGCAGCGGAAUAGCCUGAGCCGGGAGGACGCGGAGGCCCGGAUCGAGGCCCAGCUGCCCCUGAAGGAUAAGGUCCGCAUGGCCCGCCAUGUCCUAGACAACUCGGGGGAGUGGAGCGUCACCAAACGCCAGGUCGUCCUCCUACACGCAGAGCUGGAGCGCUCCUUGGAGUACCUGCCGCUGAGGCUCGGAGUCCUGACAGGUCUCGUGGGCCUUGCCGGCCUCCUCUACCUGCUCACCCACUACCUCCUGCCUUCCCCCUAGCCAGGCCCUCCUGAUGCCAGAAGCCCCAAGCCUUGAUCUCUCAGAGUCCGGAGCCAAUGGCAAAUGCAUCUUGUUUCCUCCCAAGCCCGUCAACACACACACACACACACACACACACGCACUGAAUCUGGGCAGAGCCUGGCACAGGGCCCCCCUUCUUUGGAGUGCAUCCGACCUGAGGCAGAGAAACAGCCCUGUCAGGGGAUACCCCUUCCCACCUUCCUAAGAGCCCCUCCCUCUGGAGCUCCCCACGGAAUGGUGUCUGCCGUGGGGCAUGAAAGCAACAGUGGGAAGCUGUUGUGAAAUUCUUGGGGGCGCAGGCAAGGAACACUGUCUCUGUGGCCAUGAGCACCCCUCUCCAGGCACAUGCCCUGUCAUGACCAAAACCUGCGUCCUGGACCUGGGAAAUAACUGUGGUCCAACAGGAUUCUCCCCUAGUCUGGAGCCCUUGGCCCGGAUGCAGUGAGGGCUCCUAUGCUGGUAAUGCUGUGGCAGAGCCUCUUGGGGGAUGACCCCCUGGCCCACCUUGGCAUUUCUCCAGCAUUCCCCACACUCGCUCUCCGGCUGCCACCUGUUGGCCUCCCACUCCUCGUUCUCCUUGCCCUAAACUCUCAGUAGUCCACACGCAUGAGGCUGUUUCCUGCCUCUGUGCCUUCGCUGUGCUGUUCCCUCACCUAGAAUACCUUUUGUUUUUCUAUAGCUGGAUAACUCCCAGCUCAAGCACCAUCUGGAGCCCCAGGCUGUGUCGGGUGCUGUGGGAUAGCCCACCCCCCCAGCCGCCUGCUGUGUUUUACUUUAUUGGUCCCUCCUACUAGACUGUCAGCUGUUCGAGGGCCACGUCUGUGUCUUGUUCAUCUCCGUGCUCCUGGUACAGAUCCUGACUCGCCAUUGGUGCUUAAUAAAAUAGAGCGUGUUGAUCUGAAA